AUGAAUAGACCGAUUAGGUUACUUGGUCUCUAAAUCAUUCAACACAAUGGGUAAAGUUUGAAAAAACGAAAAUUGAAGAAUUAUUUCUAUUGAGGAAUUUGAAAAAAAGCGUUUGGCGCAAAGAAAGUAGAGCGCGAAUGCUCACUUUUAAAUUUUCACAGAAUUUCUGGAAAAGCGAGCUUUUGUUUCGAAUUUCAUUUCAUUAAAUGAGAAAGAAGGCAAUGUCCAUGAAAAUUUACAUGGGAGGAAGCUCUGAAAAAUUCCAGUAAACAACAAUAAUCAAUUUUUUCUAAAAAAUUAAAAUUGGAAUGACCUUUGGAUUAUGCUAUUUAAAAAGCUAUUCCUUUGAACUUUUUCAAUUCUACGAAACUGAUAAAAAAAUCGAAAAAAACAAAAAAAGCGUGAAGUCGUAGGAAAGCAGCGUCCCUACUUUAUUUCGACAUCGCUGAAGGAAGCGAGCUCGUCAGCUUCUUCUACCAAGAAGUUUGUAUUUUAGCAUGGAAGGUUUACAGUUUCUUGUUUAACUUUCGAUGAAAUUUGGUCGAAGUUUAUUCCAGGACCUUCUUGUUACAGAAAAUUUUUUUUAUUUUUUCGUUUUUUCAACACUUCCUCAUUCCUCAAAAUUUCCGUUUCUCAUCGAGACGAGAUCUCGCACAACUCUGUUUCUGAAUAAGGAGUUCCUCCAUUUGCCAAGCUUCAUUAAAAGUCAAACAGGGUCCAAAGAAGUUUCCUUUUGAGCUUCAAAUUGAUUUAACGGCCACUCCUUUUCUUCAGAUGUGGUUUUGGCUUCUCAACGUUGCAUCUCUAACCACGCUAUCAAUCUCGAUCGUCACAUUUUGUGGCAAAAAGUCUUCGAACGGAAAAGGCGCUGAUAAAGUUAGUUUUCCCAAAUCGAAGUGUGACUUUUACGCGCUAAUUUGAAAUAGUUUCAAAGUUCAAAGAACACACGUCAUUUUGCAGUUUCACGAUGACUUUCCAUUUUUUUUUUCUAUGAAACAAAAAACUGUUUCAUACAAAAGCGCAUAAAAAAAAAAGAUGAAACUUCUUUGAGAAAAGUGAAAACUUAUAUGAACAACUUAACUAAGAAAACUACCGGCUUUCAAGUACAGAGACGACCUUGAAGUUUUUUUUACACCUGGUCCAUUUUAAAAACUCAGAGCGGAUAUGUUUCCCUUCAAACCAAAGAAUGGUCAAAGAUGUAUAUUUGAUAGAAAAUGAAAAACUGUAUGAAGAUGGGCUUCAUAGAAACAAAAUAAGAUGUCAAUUCGAGAGAAGCUAAGAAAAAUCUUAAUUUUUUUCCUUAAGUUUUCUCUCUACUUCAAACCGAACUUCUUUUUCUUAAACAAUAAAUGAUCCAAAUUCGGCAUCACUCGUGUAAAAUCAGCGGUGGUAUGAAAAAAACACCAGCGAAAAAUCAAACGGCGAUUUUUCCGAUUUUUUCAUAUCGCUAGGGAACUUUCCGACGGACACAUUUCCGACGAAACUUUUUCCGACUUUUUUUCUCGAUAAACUCUUCGUUUUCAAAUAUUCCUAUAUAAAGUAGGUAGUUGGUCCAUGAUUAAAACACAAAGAAACAGGAAUAAAAAAAUGUGAAUAGAUGUUUUACAAACCGAAAAAAAUAAGGGAAAAAAGUCGGAAAGAGAUCCGUCGGAAAGUUCCCGAGCGAUAUGAAAAAAUCGGAAAAGUCGCCGUUUGAAUUUUCGCUGGUGUUUUUUUCAUACCACCAAAUCAGCACAUAUUGGAAGCCGCUACUUUGAAUUUACAUCAAAUUACAGACAUCUAUGUCUGUCGUAUCGACGCCUUCUGCAGCCGCCGCUCCGGCAAAGGAAAAAAGCGUUGAAAAGACGAAGAAUGCGACACCAGUGAACUUUUUUGAUCACUUCUCAAAUUAAAAAAAAGAAGUUUAAAUCCCUUUCAUUUCCAGACAAAGCCUCAAUCCGAGAAAAAGUCAAAGAAGUCGACGAAAUCAAAGAAAGAGGACAAGGACGACAAGGGCGAUAAGGGCGAAAAGGAUGCCGAUGCUGCUGCUGGUGCUUCUGACAAGAAAAAGGAUAAGGAAAAGGAUAAGAAGACCUCUACGGUGAGCAAUGAUAAAUUCGUGUUAGAUGAUAGAUGAUGUUUUUCCUGAGACCCUUCUUCAACUAAAACAUUAAUUGAAAAUUCAUUAUCUUCUUUUUUUUAGUCGACUGGAGAAGGCGGAGAAGGUGGCUACGGAGGAUAUGAGAACUGCGCGGAUCUGACGCCUGAAGAACUGCAAAAAAUCGCGAACGCCCCCAACCCGCCUGCUUAG